GACGCUGUAACCACAUCAGCUGAUUGCAGUGGAGACAUGGUGCAGCUGUAUUGUUGGGGAGACAGCUCCAGUGGACAGUUUGAGCCACAGAGAGCCCUCAGCCCGGCGUCCUGGACUGUCCACGGGACCAUCACCUCCAUCUGCUGCGGGGACCAGCACACUUUGUUCCUCACCAGGGAUGGAGGAGUGCUGUCAUGUGGACACAACGCACAGGGACAACUUGGGCGAAAGAAACGUAAAGAUGGGAAGACACCAGGUCAUGUGGAGAGGCUGGGCGAUGUGGUGUCCAUAGCCUGUGGUCAGGACCACUGUCUGGCAGUGUGUGCAUCUGGGCAGGUGUUCUCCUGGGGGGCGGGAGAGGAUGGACAGCGAGGCAUUUCACCACACCUACUGAACAACAAACCAAGUCAGGUGCCGCUGCCACUACAAAUACCGGUGAUUCAAGUUGCAUGUGGGAACUCCCACUCCCUAGCACUGACUAAAGGAGGUGACGUCUUCUCGUGGGGUUUGAACAGUCAUGGCCAGCUGGGUCUGGGGAAGGAGGUGUCGCUGCAGUACACACCCGACCUGGUGACCGCUCUGACUGGCGUAGCAGUGACUCAGAUUUCAGCUGGAGGGAGCCACACUCUGUUCCUCACACUCCCAGGCCUGGUGUACUGCUGUGGGGCCAAUAAAUACGGCCAGCUGGGGGUCAACAGGGUGGAUGAGAAGGGCAGGUUCAACAUCUGUCAGGUACCUGCCCUCAGAGCUCUGGGUGUCUCCUCCAUCAGCUGUGGGGAGGCUCACUCUGCUGUGUUAACACAGGAUGGCAAGGUUUACACUUUUGGAGAAGGAAGCCAUGGUCAGCUCGGUCACAACUCCUCUGCUAACAAAGACGGACCUACACUGGUCGCCGGUUUGGACGGACCUGCCUCUCAGAUUUCAUGUGGCAGGCGUCACACUCUGGUUCUGAGCUCCUCUGGCCAGCUGUGGGCUUUUGGCAAUGGGGCCAAAGGUCAAAUUGGGACCGGGCAACUAGAGGACAGCCUGUCUCCCACUCUGGUGCAACUUCCAUGGACCACUGACGGUGCAGCAGACAUACCCAGUGCAGACCGGAAAAUAUCUGCAGGGUGGAAUACAAACUUUGCUUACACUUCACCUACGCAGGGUUUGGACCAAGGACAGAUAACUGGGCAGCUUGAUGAGACAAAACUACAAAAAUGGCUGUCAAUGAAACAUGGCAACGCAGAGGCAAAAAGAGAAAUAUCCUCGAUGUUUCUGACAAGUUCAAGUCUUGUUGCAAGUUUCACCAAGGCUGAUGGGCCUCCAUUAACAGCAGGUGCCUUAACUGUGGACCUUGAGGCAGCGAGCAGAGUGUUCGACCAGAUGCUGGAAAUACCAUGGAUCAGACAAUCAAUAAAUCUUACACCACUGAUUGGGUUGCUUUUGGCUUCAAAAAAUGCCCUGAAAUCACCAGAGAUCUUACCGAUUCUGCUGAUGUGUCCCCUUCUCCAAGAGGAGUCUCAUGUCAUGACUGAUGUGUUGGGGUUGGCUAUCAUCAUUGCAGAUCUGCAUGAGAAGACUCUGGAAACACUGAAAACCAUGUGGUCGUCCCUGACACCCUCCAUACUAACGAAGCACAUCCUGGUGUUCAGGAAGGCCCUGUCCUUCAUGCUAAAAAAUGGCCUCUUGGUGACUCACAACCCUGGAGUCAAAUACCUGCUGGAAGCUCUCAAGCUCCUCUACAAAGCUAACAAAGCUGGAAAGUCCUACAAAGUCCCACUGAGCACCUUUUACGUAGAGGAAAUCAGUGGUAAUGUGCCCAUCACAGACGUCGCUCUUUGGUGGCGUUUUUCUAAAGUGGAGGAUGAUGAAAACACACCCGCCAUUUUCUGCCGCUACCCAUUCCUGUUCACUCUGGUUUGCAAGAUGUCCGUCUUUAACAUGUUUGCAACUGUAGCAAAGGAAGCACAACAUUUCAUGCAUCAAAUGGCUUUAAUGCAUCCUGAAAAAGACUCUGCCCCAGCCCCGAUCUUCCAGCUAACUCUGAGACGAGCUCAUCUGGUCGAGGACACCUUCAGACAGCUCGGUGCAGCCGACCACUGCGCCUUCAGAAGGGAGCUUUUGGUUAAAUUUCUGGACGUCAAUAAGGUGAUGAAUGUCAACAAAAAGGACUUCUUCCUGCAUGUGUUUGAUGAGCUGAUGGCUCCCGAGUCUGACAUGUUCAUGUACAACGAGACCAAGACUCUGGCCUGGUUUCCUCCCAAGCCAAAAGUGGACGAGAAGACUUACUUCCUGUUUGGCGUUCUGUGCGGCCUGGCUCUCUUCAACCACAACAUUAUCCACAUGCCCGUCCCACUGGUUCUCUUCAAGAAGCUGCUCAGAGUCAAACCCUCACUGGACGACAUGAAGGAGUUUGAACCUGUCAUGGCAGAGUCUUGCCGGUGCAUGCUGGAGGACUACACUCCCGAAAAAGUACAACGCUCGGAGAUUACUUUCACUGUGCCCUGGGGUGGUGAGGAAGUUGAGCUCGAUCCAACAGAACCUGGAAAACCUGUCACAGCAUCGAACAAAAAAGAGUUCGUCGACGCCUACAUCGACUACGCCUUCAACAAAUCAGUGGAGGGAGUGUUCGAAGCGUUCAAGCAAGGGUUCUUCAAGGUGUGUGACAUCGACGUGGUGGAGUUCUUCCAGCCUGAGGAGCUGCAAGCCGUGACGGUGGGCCAAGAAAACUACGACUGGGAGGUGUUCAAGAAGAACACAGUUUAUGAAGGAGUCUACCAUGACAGUCAUCCAAACAUCGUGACCUUCUGGGAGGUGUUUGAGAAUCUGACGGCAGAGGACAAGAAAAAAUUCCUCUUGUUCCUCACAGGCUGCGACCGCGUACCCUUCCUGGGCAUGGAGAGCAUCAAGAUGAGAGUCGCUGUCCUCCCCGACGCUGCUGAGAUCCAUUUGCCAGAAUCCCUCACCUGCCAUUGUCUGUUACUGCUGCCUAUCUACGAGAGGUACCCAGUGGAGAGGACGAUGCAGACCAGGCUCCUGCAGGCUAUUCAUCACAACAGAGGCUUCUUGAAGCAAGUAGACACAGAAUGAGGCAAUGAAAUCUCCUUCACUAACAUCGUAUUUUCUGUUAGUUUGACGCUUAUUUAUCUCUACAAUCUGCCAUAUAAUGUUGCGUUAUCUUCAGUUAAUGUUGUUAAGUAAGUUCUAACUGGGGUUCCAUAGUGAUAUUAUAGUGGUGAGUUAUGAAGAAGUAAAUCAGCAGCCGAUGUUCUGUCAUUUAGUCUGAGAAACAGUAAUGCAUGCAUUUGUUUUUGUGCCUUUUUAAUGGCUGAUGCCACUUGCACAUGGUAUAUAUUGAAGUUUGUUAAGCUUACACUGAUGAAGCAGCGCUGCUUGGAGUUUUAUUAAACUAUUACACAGAGUUAGAACCUGUUUUUUACACAUAAUCAUUCAGCUUUGGCGAGUCACAAAAAUAUGCACUGGAGGGAAAGAUUGAAAAACAACAUUAAUACUUCCUGACACAUCACACACCAGGCCAGGAUGCAUGAAUGAAACCAGUGGCAUUAAGUACCCAGAUCAUGUAAUAGAUGGAUGGAUAUUGGGCCAAAACCUUCUCCACUUCAGUAAAGUUUUAACGCCACUGCCAUUGCUUUUACUCACUGCUACAUUUAUUCUGAGAUGAUAACCUAGCUUUUUUGGCACUUAAAACCCUUACAUACUAACAUUAAAUGUUUUUCAGUUCAUUUAAGACAAGCUUAAAUCUUAGGGAGACAGAAAAAAAGUACAAAAAUGUGUAUAAGUCAAGAAAAUGUGUAUUUUUUUGCCCUUUGUUCCUUAAUAACCUAUUCAAUAAAUGGCUUUCUCUCA